AUGGAUAACGCGCCUCUCGAUGUCUCUGUGCCGGUUGAUGCAUCGUGCAGCAUCUGCCUCGAGGCACGGCCCGUCCAAUGUGCCCACCACUGUGGUCAUUGCGACACCAAGGUUUGCAACGACUGCUUUCGCUCCUACCUGAUCCACAAGAUUGACGACGGGGAGGUCGCGCCACACCAGCUCGUGUGGCCCGGCUCAUGCCGGCAGCCGAUUUGGCGGGAAACGCUCGAGUCGUUUGUGUCGGCGCGACAAGUUCGUAAGUACACGGUCGCCCUCGAGGUCAUUGCGCGCCGGCAGCGCGGCCAGCGCUUUUGCCCGCGACCAGAGUGCGGCCAUGAGCUCGCAUCGUCGACAGGCAAAAGCAGUCGGCGCGUCGACUGCAAGAGCUGCCGUCACGUGUCAUGCCGAGACUGCGGCGGCGCCUACCAUUGGUGGCCGUGGUGCGACCGACAGUAUCGAUCGUGGUGCCGCAAUCACGGCGCCCGGCGCUGUCCGUCGUGUUCGGCGAUCGCUGAGAAGGUCAGCGGCUGCAACCACGUUCAGUGCACGUAUUGCCACCACGUGUUUUGCUGGGGCUGCCGCGUCAAGUGGGAAGACCACAACCACGCGCUGUGUCCGCUGCGCACGCUCGUGCGCUCCACGGAUUGGCGCUUUGGCCCGACGGCGCCUCUUCGGUGCGUCACCAAGACACUUGUCGGUGUCGCUGCGCUUCUCGCGGCGAUACUUGCCGUGGGUAUCGCCGUCGUUGCACUUCCACUUGCUUGCAUCUACGACGGCAUUGCGGAUCGCUGCCGCCGCCACCGUGCCCCAUCAGCUCCAGCGCGGGCUCAACGCCUCCACAUCGGCCGUCCACGGUACACAUGA